CAUGCUAAUCCUAAUAGUACGGAAUUGAACAAGUGAACUGGUUACAAUCUAUAGCAACAAGCUAACAGUACAUGGGACGAUGAAGGGGAUUUCCCAUAACUGUUUCAUUAUCAAGCGAACAUCCAAUGUGUGGUGAAUUACAUUGACAUCGCAACGAACUCUCUCGCAUCCUACAGCUAAUCAGUCCACUUGAAUCAUUUGAUGCUUCAGGGAUGCUUAAAAUAGUGCUCUCAGUUUUCCUGUACGGUUUGACUGUCUCACACGUGACUGGAGCGCGUCUCAACCAAACAUGUACUACACCCAGUGGAAGCCACGGUCGAUGCGUACCCGUAAAAGCCUGCAACUUUAUAACUGCGAUUUUCCGCAACAGGAACGCUUCCCAAGACGACAAACUCUACAUGCAUAAUUUCUUUUGCGGUUAUCUGCCGGAAAACGGGAAAGGUCUGGUUUGUUGUCCGGAACUAAGAAGUGAAGCUAGUUGCGGGCGUCUUACGCUGGAGAAUCGCAUCCUAGGUGGUGAGGAAACCGAGCCGGAAGAGUAUCCCUGGACAGCAAUGCUCGGAUUUGAAGAUCUCUUGGGGCGGAAAGGCUAUAGCUGUGGUGGAACACUGAUCAAAGAGCGAUACGUGGUGACUGCUGCCCACUGCGUAGACAAUAUGCGGUUUCGGAAGCUGAUUGAUGUACGUCUUGGAGAAUGGGAUUUGAAUACAACGCUAGACUGCAGCGAAACUAGAUGUUUUGCAGAAUUUCAGGAUGAUUAUCCGGUAGAGAAAGUCAUAGUGCACGAGAACUACUCGCUCAACGAUCUGAGCAAAGCCAACGACAUCGCUCUUAUAAAGUUGAGUAAGAUUGUAGAACGAACGGAACUUGUAGCUCCAAUAUGCGUACCAACACCUGAGAUGGAUGAUUCCAUUGAUGUUGGAGGAAGUUCGUUCAAUGUGGCAGGUUGGGGAACAACCAAAACAGGAUUUGCCAGUCGUCGAAAGAUGAAGGUUACCUUGCCGGGGCAGACAAUCGAGACGUGCAACCAAGCGUUUGCAUCGUCCAAUGUAACCUUCACCGAGACUCAGCUCUGCGCCGGAGGUGUCAAUGGGAAGGAUACUUGCAAAGGUGAUUCCGGUGGCCCGUUGAUGAUGAUCAUGAACAAUCGGUGGCAUCUGGUGGGCAUCGUUAGUCUUGGAACAACACCUUGCGGUACCCAGAAAAUGCCAGCCGUUUACACAAGAUUCGGAAAGUAUUUGGAUUGGGUAGCCGGUAAGAUUGAGUUGGAAAACCGGGAAAACCGAAUGGAAUAAACGGAGAGAUGUGAGCAGUGACUAGUUUUAGAUAUUUUAAGUUGUAUCUGUCCCCAAGGCAGAAAUACUUAAAACCAUAAAGAUAAAAGAUAAAAGCUAGAUUUAUACACAAAACCAGAAUAAAAAUGCUCUUCAUCUAUUUACAUAAAUAAAAA